GUUAAAUUCUCGCUCAAUCGUCCAACUACGUUCAGCUACUUGCAAUAAUUCAUUCCUCGAAAUCAGAAAAGAGGGCAUCAAGCACGCUCAACAUGAUAUCCCCAGGAACCCCCUUAAUAGGCGAGUCCGGCUCCCUCAUCCACCGGUCCCCAGACGGCCGUCUUGAGAUCCGCCGCGCAAUAAUGUCCAGCUUCCCCGCCGAAGCAAUAGUAAACGCCACUGACAAGUUCAUGACUAUCAACACGGCCAACGUCCGCGGCGCCGAGCACCAAAUCAUCCACGCCGCAGGCUCGGAACUCAGGAACCACCUGCACUACAACUACCAUUUCGGGCUCCCCGUCGGUGACGCUCUUGCGACUUCGAGUUUUGAGGCCCAGAAUUGUUGGUAUAUUAUCCACGUAAACGGGCCUGAUUUUGAAUCGAGAAGGAGAUGUGUGAUGCCGUUGCUGAAACAGCAGUUGGCGGAUUGCUAUCGACGGUGUAUGGAAGAGGCGUUCAGUUUGGGGCUGAAGAGUAUUGCAUUUCCGUGUAUUGGUACUGGGUUGAUGGGGUGGCCGAGGUGUGAAGCGGCAAGGAUUGGGGUCGCGACUGUGAGGGCUUGGUUGAGGCAUCGCAUUCAUGGGGAAGCUAGGAGGGCGGUGAUUGGGAGGGUGACGUUUCUUGCUGAUCCGGUGGGGAGACAGGCCCAUCAGGAGCAGGCUUGGUGUGCGGCUUUCAGGUGAGUUAUUUUCUUCCUGGUAGUGCUAGUUUUAAUGAGUGUAUGAGAGGAGUGUGAUGGCUGAUUUGUGUAGGGAGUUUUGGCCGCGGGUAUUAUUGCCGAGGAGAGCGAAUAGAGUCAGUUUCUUGGACUAUGUUGAUAGACAAGAGACGAGGAGACUGGAGAGGGAUAAUAAUCAGCUCGUAGAAAGUCAACAGACUGUAAUAGCAGCUCCAGCUCCAGCUCCAGGGCAGCGUAGUCCAAUCGUCACAAGACAAGUCUCGGCUAGUAGGAGAGAGCUUCGACGGAGUCGACGCACAGGUAAAAGGCC